CAUGUUUCUAUCCUCAAUAAGACUUUGAGAAAUGAGAGCAAGGGCUGUGUGAGAGAUCACGUGGCAGUCUGUUUCACCUGCGAUCAAAAUUGAUAUACCCUGCAGCGAACUUUCUUGACACUUCUUCCACUCUCACAAAUCAUAGUCCUCAUCAUCGCCAUCAUCCAUCCCCCCUGACUGGGGGAGUCUUUGGUGUUUUCAACGCCGCAUUCCGAACCACACACGCAUCAAUCAAACUACCCGCACCUCCGUUAUAUCGACGCCGUCCACUAUCCAAACAUAGUUCAUUAUAGUAGAUAUCCAAAUGGACUCCCCGCUGUACUUUGCCAGCCGCACAGGCGCCUUUGACGAAUUCGGACCCUGCCACGGCUGCGGCACUUCGAAGACGCACACAAACCUGACCACUUUCGAGUGCUCUCUGUUCGAGAGGCUCAACGCCCAAAUGCAAGAAGAAUACACUGCAAGGAGCCAGGUAAAAGAUCUUGAAGAGUAAAAGAUGCCUGUCAUCCAAUUUCGCUUGUCCGAAAUCCAAGGCAAUGUUGCCCUCUUAGAGCGGCAGAUCGAAAACGAAAGCCGUGGACGCGCCGCAGCCAUAAGACGCCGAGACGAGCUCAAGGCCGAGAAGGAGGAGCUUAUCACAGUGCUCAGCAUGGCCAGAGAAGGUGUGAAAGUAGCGAAAGCUAGCCGGGAAGAGGCAGCAGAGACGGCUGCAGAGAUCAAGAACGACAUUAGAGAACUCCAUGGGAUAAGCGAUCAGACGGAGAAGGAGCAGUGGAUUUACCUACGUUUGAAGAAGCAUGCCGAAGAGGAGAAGGUGUUGAGGGCACAGGCUGAGGCUAUGUUCGGUUCAAACUGGGAGGAACACGUUGCUGCCCAGAUGUGAGGCUGUGAAUAGCAAGACCUAUCACCUACGAGACAGCUUCUGGCUUUAGGAUCGUUCAUUGAGUCGAAUCCUUCCGGUUCGUUCUGUCUCAUUCAAAGCCCUGAUUUGCACAAUUACCCAGGUACUACCACCAAGCCUGCAAGGCGAGACCAUCCGUACCAGCCAUCGGCUGAUGCACUGGCCGACAGACCCUCAUCUU